AUAAUCAGUCCUUGAAUCACUAGCUGAGCUCUUCAGAAUCAACAUGGCGGCGUUCGCAUCAUCCGGAGGUGAAUCUAAGUCGCGUUCUGCCCCUGAAGUUAUUCGUGGGCAAGUGUUUGAUGUUGGCCCUAGAUACAACACCCUCCUUUACAUCGGGGAGGGGGCCUACGGUAUGGUAUGUUCGGCCCUUGACAAACAAACCGGCUGCAGUGUUGCCAUCAAGAAGAUUAGUCCUUUUGAACAUCAGACGUACUGCCAGCGCACCCUGAGAGAAAUCAAGAUCCUCACGCGCUUCCGACAUGAAAAUAUCAUCAAUAUUCAAGACAUCAUCCAUGCGAACAGUAUCGACGAGCUGAAAGAUGUAUACAUUGUACAGAGUCUCAUGGAGACGGAUCUGUACAAGCUUCUCAAGACGCAGAAGCUGAGUAACGACCACAUAUGCUACUUCCUCUACCAGAUCCUGAGAGGCUUAAAGUACAUCCACUCGGCCAAUGUGCUGCACAGGGACCUGAAACCUAGUAAUCUACUGCUGAAUACUACCUGUGAUCUCAAGAUCUGUGAUUUUGGAUUAGCCCGGAUAGCUGACCCAGUCCACGACCACACAGGGUUCCUGACAGAGUACGUGGCCACGCGUUGGUACCGUGCCCCGGAGAUCAUGCUCAACUCCAAGGGCUACAACAAGAGCAUUGACAUAUGGUCCGUGGGCUGCAUUCUGGCCGAGAUGUCCAGCAGCAAACCACUCUUCCCCGGAAAACACUAUCUAGACCAGUUGAAUUAUAUUCUGAACACCCUUGGGUCACCGUCCGUUGACGACUUGGACUGUAUCCACAACGAGAAGGCUCGUAACUACCUGAAGUCGCUACCCUUCAAACCCACUGUGCCCUGGAAUACUAUCUUUACAAGAGCUGAUCCUAAAUGUCUGGACCUGCUGGAUAAGAUGUUGACAUUCAACCCAGACAAGAGAAUAACAGUGGAGGACGCACUGAAGCAUCCUUACUUGGAACAGUAUCAUGACCCCACCGAUGAGCCUAUAGCAGAAGAACCCUUCAAGUUUGAGACAGAGCUGGACGAUCUUCCCAAGGAGCAGUUGAAGGAGCUCAUCUUUGAAGAAGCCAAGAAGUUUAUCUUGUUACCCAAGCCAGAAGGAGAGGGCAGCGAAAUGAGUUAGGAUGUCUCCCCAAAACCUGGGGGAGUAAGUCCAAUCAAUGUAACCAGAGAGGUAGGGGUGCUGGCUGAGACUGGUUUGAUCCGGUGCUCACAGGUUGAAACCGCUCAUAUGGUAAUUGAGUUGCUUGUAAUGGUUGUGUUCCCUGAGGCAAUUUUCUGCUUGUAUAAACCGGUCUAAGCCAGUUUCAUCUUUCUUCUUGCCAGUGCCAACUGUUUCAGCCAAACAUCGACAUCUUCUCGUUGUAGUUUAUUUCUCUGGAAACUGUAUUUUAUUAACCCAGCGGAGGUAAAAUGAUAUCAGCAGGUGUCAUACAUAUAUGUCAGUUUGGUGGCAACAGAUAAUUCUGGAAGAAGGAUAUAAAGAUGUUGGUUUCCUUGUAAAUAUAUUUUGAACUUUACAAUGUACACUGACAGAUACAUGGGACAUUCAUGUAGUUGUGGGAUUUUUUUUUUUUUUCGAAUGAAGAGAGUUUUAUCAUAUCAAACAAAGAAUUACAUUCGGGAGGAGCAAUUUGAAUCAAAGUUAGCCAAAAUUAUAGAAUAGAGUCCUAAACCCUCGACACAAAAUAUGCAGUGCUACAUAUAUGGGAAUAUGAAAAGUAGCUGUAAGGGCAGGAUAAGUGGGUAAGGGCAGGCACAAAAGAGUGAUGAAUUUGUCCAAGCCAGAUAUUCAGGGGGUUUUUCGGGUCGGUUCGGGUCGGUUUGGUUUGAGGGAGUUAAGAUCGGUUUCGGUUGGAUUCAGUUUAAAUCUCUAAUGUUUCAGGUCGGUUUGGUCUGGUUUACCCAACCCGAUGCACAUCAUAAGUCGGGACCGGUUUUUCCACUGUGCAUUCUAACUGUCCAACAUGCCCAAGUGCAGUCCCAUCUGUCAGGUGCCUAUAGAUAGUCCUCACCCAAACCAGUUUGUUCCGGCUUUGCCCAGUUUUGUCAGGAUUGUCCACUCCAUGGAUUCCUGCAUGGGAUUUAUCGCCAUCCUGAUCAUAAGACUGGUUCUGCUAAGUUUUGCCCUUUUUUCUGUCGGUGUAGAUUAUUUCUGAAAUUUGGUUCGCAUUGCUCUGUUUGUCUUCAUGCUGGUUUUGUGGAUUUUUUGGCAUAGAAAAUUGUUGAUCAUAGGAAUCAACAAUCCUCCCCCUUCCUUGCUCCUUUAUUAGCCGCAAAUUUUUAUUAUAAACUAAUUAUUAUAAAAUUUGAUAUAAAAGAGAGGACAGGGUUAAUCUAUACACGUUUUCUAUUUUUUCCAAAACAUUUAGGAACAUAUUUAAUGUUAAAAGCACAAUUGUCCUGAACACCUGAAGAAUUUUUUUUUUUGGUAAAAACAUUCCCACUUCUGUUUUCUUUUAUUAAGUUUCAACAAUUUCCAUAUAUUCUGAGAACUACGUAAAGGCACCCAUUGAUUUUUGUUGGGGUCAAGUAUUACAUAUUGCAUUUUAAUUAGACUUUUUUUUACAAAUUUUUUUUUAUCGGUGGAGGUGAGGGGGUAUUAGGUUAACUGGAAAGGAAAUGCUGCUUUUUGCAAACAAGUAAAUUAGAACAAUAUAAAAAUUAAAAAAAUUAAAAAUUAGAAAAAAAAAGAGUCUUAUGCUUGAACUUUUUUAGAGUGGUAUCAACAGCUGAGUAAAUUUUGUAUAUUUUUGUCCAAAUUAUGGGAAGUGUUUUUUUGUGUUAUUAUUAAUCCCCAGCACAGAAACUCUUACAAUUACAAAAAGUAAAUUAAUUUUUUUAAGCAAGGAAAAAUAGCCUUCAUGCCCAGAGUCAAUUUUGAGCAUUUCUGUUAAAAGGGUUAUAUCACCUCUGUCUUGUGUUUCGUAAACUCAUUCUACACUUUUGAAUUUCUCAUGAUUUUUUGUUCUCAACAUAUUUUUCUACUGUUUCAAGCAUGAUUGACCAAAUUAAAUAAAAUUAAAAAUGGAAGCCUGUACAUAAAAAAGUAAUAUUAUAUAAAGGGAAAAAAAAAAUCAACAGUCGUGAUAGUGUUUAUACUAUAUAUUUACAGGAUAAAUGUGACUUACCGGUAUUUUUGUGUUUUGUAGUGUUUAAGUACUAAUUACUCUAAGAUUAUGUAAUCAAAUCUAUCUUUUAAAAAGUUUAUGAAUCAUGAUGGAGAUGAACAAAUGCACAUGUACGGGAGUCUUGAUUAAUGUAUAGACUACCCCCCCCCCCAAAAAAAAAAGUUGGGAAAACUUGCCUAGAUUUUUGAGACCAUCAUGUAAUGAUAAAAUUAAAAUUGUAAUUUUGUUCAAUUCACAGAAGAGUAAUAACAUUGAGUGAAAGUUCAGGAUGAUAUUUGUGGAACACAAAUCCAGCAUUGAUUAUGUAAACCUAAUUAAAGUUUAGAGAAUGCUGUUUAUCGUUGGACUGUGGUUUCCACGUUUUUAAGGAGGUGGAGUCCUCUGUGCUGUAUCGUGGGGAGCAAAGAGCCAUGCUGCACCUGGAACUGAAAAGUUGUGCUGAUUUUCAGUAAAAACUGCGAUGCCAAGAUCACACAAAAGCUCGGAGUGUGACGGUGCGAGCGGCAAAGGCCAUCAUAAUGUACAUACCUUGGCCCUGGUGAUGAGGGUGUCUCUUUCGGUCGAUGGCGUUGGGGGUUGUUUUUGCGACAGAAACAUGUCUGAUUGAACCACCACUGUCGUUCACGCAGCGCGGUGUUAUUCGAUCUUUGCGUAGAACCGAAGUCGACAAAACGCUUAACCCAAACAUGAAAACAACCCCAACAAUUUAUAUGUUAGAAGUUUAGAACAAUUCAGCGCGAGGCGUGUGAUUACGAUUGUCCGGCGUGUGAGCAUGUGAAUUGACUCUUGAGGUGUGCGACACACGCCGGAGGCAUGACACUGUAGAUCUGUAUAUAAAUACCGUACACGUACUUCAUCAUUUUUAUAUUGUGAAUACUUGCACCAUUAUGGAGAAUUUACCCGCUUUUGCAAUCUGUAUUUUGUUUCUAAUUUUGAGUGGCCCAUUUACUGAUUAGUCUUGGUCCAACUCUGCAUUUUGAUUUUGUGUGGGGUCUUGUGUACUGUGCUCAUGCAGGGAUUGGCUGCAUAAUUGGAACAAUAAAAAAAUCCAGGCUUGGACUAAGACUAUUUACUGAUAAGUAAGCGCACUCUUUCACUUUGUGUACUGUGUAUGAUCUCUCUGAAGUGAUCAAAUGAUUAUGUUUGAAAAAACCCCACAAAGUUUGUUGUAAGUGUUUUUUUUUUAUCCCUGUGUGAUGAUGAUGAAUUGUGUCCGAAUCCCUGGGCUAUAGGCUAUGAGAAUGCAUGCGGCAUGCACGCAAGCCCGGCACCACCAAAAAAAUGGCUUCAAAUUGUGAACGCCAUGAUAAAAUACAUCUGUCAUGGAAACCUGAUUUCCCAUCACCAGAGGGCGCACUCUGUUCACAGAGAGUGCACUAUAGCGGUACAUAUUCAUGUGAUAAUUAGUUUGCCGUCCUGGUAUUGCCCGUAAUGUUUAUUUCCCAUAAUGUAUAUUUUUCAUGAAAUCACUGCCCAUAGCAGCUAAAAGUCUCUCUCAGCUGAAAACAAAUUAUCUAGUAAGUAGCUCCAUUUCUCAAGUUACUUUUGUGGAAAAGAUCAUAUUUUGCGUUCUUUGUGCAUAUUGUCAAUUUAAAAUUUGAAUGCCAAGAUUUUCGUCAUCAAAGUAAAAAAAAUAAUGUGACACUUUAAGAAGAACCAAUAACGUUCUGUCAUACGUAGAAAAACAGGUUAAAUAUGUUUGCAGAAGUUAAGUUCUUUGUACUUGAAGUUUUCUUAGGGCUCGAGCUUAUAGCGUGGAAAAGAGCCAAGUUUGUUAACAUUUGGCUAAAGUGUCCUGCACAAAUUUGAAAACAAAGUUCGAAAUUUCUAAUCAAUGGUAUAUGAUAUUUCUUUACAGCAGAACGAAACUAUGAUUUUACGUAGAUAAUGGAUCAUGUUGGCUGAACGUGCUUUACCAUGGAGAAGAAUCUUGUCGUUUUUUCCUAAAAAGAAAUUAAAAAAACUACAGUACCUGUUCUGGAAGAAUCAUGUAAAGCAGAUCGCUUUUAAAAGGUUUAUAUAUUCAAACAAAAGUAUAAAUUAAAUAUUUUUAAUGUAGAGAAGAACAAGAGAAUUAUUUUCUACAGACUAACUACGUAAGCCUGCAAGCUUGGCAGUCGUAUCUCGUGUUAAUUGUACAUUCUGUACAUGUGUAGACUGCUGUAAUGGUAGUGAGUUACCCAUAGCGUAUCCAUAACUUUUUGGUCUCCCCAUGUGCUUAAUAAAAAAAAAAUAACAAAAGGC